AUGAAGGCAAAGGCAAGAGCUUGCCUACAUACAGCUGUGUCUCCUGUUAUAUUCAACAGACUUAUGGCCUUAGAGUCAGCAAAGGAGAUCUGGGAGUUUCUCAAAAGUGAGUACGAAGGUGGUGAAAGAAUUAAAGGCAUGAAGGUGUUGAACUUGAUGCGAGAAUUCGAGCGAAUGCAAAUAAAGGAUUCUAAGUCCAUCACAGAAUACUCAGAUAAGUUGAUUGGGAUUGCUAAUAAGGAAAGAGCAUUAGGACGUGAUUUAUCUGAUAGUAGAUUGGUUCAGAAGAUUCUGGUUUCAGUACCUAAGCGAUAUGAAGCAACUAUUGCUUCCUUAGAAAAUACUAAAGACCUCUCAAAACUUAAGGUGAUAGAAGUAGUUAGUGCUUUGCAAAAACAAGAGCAAAGGAGGUUGAUGAGGCAAGAAGGAAGCAUUGAGGGGGCACUGAAAGCUAGAAUGCAGCAGGGAGAAGGUGGAAAAGAGAAGAAGUGGAAAGGGAAUAAGGGAAAUGGCAAAAGUAGCAUGGAGUCUCUUGCAAAGGAUGUUGGUAGUGCAUGCAAGCACUAUGGAAAACAGAAUCAUCCACAUUUCAGAUGCUGGAGAAUGCCAGAUGUGAAGUGUAGAAGGUUUUAUUUAUUGGGGCACAUUGAACGAUUAUGUAAGGCAGUAACCACUCAACAUGGGUGUACCAAUCACAUGACAAGUUACAAAGAUUUGUUCAAGGACCUUGACACGUCAUUCAAGUCAAGGAUGAAAAUUGGAAAUGGUGCGUAUUUAGAAGUAAAAGGGAAGGGCACAGUGUCAAUAGAGAGUUGUGCUGGAACCAAGUUGAUUACUGAAGUGUUGUUUGUCCCUGAGAUUGAUCAAAACUUGUGA